ACUUAACUAUUAAUUAAUCCCAGAAAAGAUCGUAUAAAUUCUCUUGUCACAGUGUUUUGAUUUGAUAAACGACAACCUUCUUGUUUUUCUAAAUUUUAUCAGAAGAAGUAAUGGCUGGGAGAAUAUUAUAUUUAUUUUUUGUGCCAUUAAUUUACACUUUCUUGAGCAUUUUGCCAACCCAAUCAGCUCCUCAAUCUGCACUCGUAUCCCAGAUUCCUGGAUUCAGUGGCACUCUUCCUUCAAAACAUUAUGCUGGGUAUGUGACAGUUGACCAGAGUCAUGGGAGGAACCUGUUCUACUAUUUCGUCGAAUCAGAAGGGAAGCCGGCGGAGGAUCCGGUGGUUCUGUGGCUCAAUGGUGGACCUGGAUGCUCCAGCUUUGAUGGCUUUGUUUAUGAGCAUGGGCCAUUCAAUUUUGAAAAGGCCAAGACCAAGGGAAGUCUGACCCAACUCCACCUUAAUCCAUAUAGCUGGUCGAAGGUUUCCAACAUUAUAUAUCUGGACUCUCCUGCUGGUGUUGGAUUUUCUUACUCAAAAAAUGAGACUGACUAUGAAACUGGGGAUCUAAAGACUGCCUCUGAUUCCCACGCAUUUCUCCUCAAGUGGUUUGAACUUUAUCCUGAGUUCCUCUCCAACCCAUUUUUUAUUGCUGGGGAGUCAUAUGCCGGAGUCUACGUGCCGACGCUUUCUUCUGAAGUAGUGAAAGGAAUUGAUGCUGGUGUAACGCCUGUUCUCAACUUCAAGGGUUAUCUGGUGGGAAAUGGCGUUACGGAUGAUAAAUUCGAUGGUAACGCUCUUGUUCCGUUUGCACACGGGAUGGGAAUGAUAUCAGAUGAUCUAUACGAGGAGGUUAACACGGCGUGCGGAGGAAACUACAUUUAUCCGGUGAAUGAUAAUUGUGAGAGCAAGCUUAAAAAAGUUGACAAGAACAUAGAAGAUUUGAACAUAUAUGACAUUCUGGAACCAUGCUAUCACAGCACAGAUUCGAGUAAGAACAGAAAAGUUACAAAGAGCGGAUUGCCAUCUAGCUUUCGACGGUUGGGUGAGACUGAAAGGCCACUUGCUGUCAGAAAAAGAAUGUUUGGUCGUGCCUGGCCUCUUAGAGCUCCUGUGAGGGAUGGUAUUGUUCCAACUUGGCCGGAGCUGAUGGAUAGUGAAAGUGUUCCGUGUAUUAAUGAUGAGGUUGCUACUGAAUGGUUGAACAACGAAACUGUUAGGAAGGCAAUCCAUGCAGAAACGGAUUUUUCAUGGGAAUUAUGCACAAGCAGAAUUGAAUUUUAUCAUGAUUCUGGAAGUAUGAUCAAGUACCACAAGAACCUCACUGCAAAGGGUUAUCGGGCACUUAUAUAUAGCGGUGAUCAUGAUAUGUGUGUUCCUUUCACUGGGAGUGAAGCAUGGACUAGAUCACUUGGUUAUAAGAUUGUGGAUGAAUGGAGGCCAUGGACUUCGAACGGACAAGUUGCUGGGUACACACAGGGUUACGAGAAUAACCUCACCUUUCUAACUGUAAAGGGGUCUGGACAUACAGUUCCAGAGUACAAACCACGAGAGGCGUUUGAUUUGUUUAGCCGGUUUUUGGCUGGAAAACCACAAUAAGAGAGCGAGAGCGAUGUUGCUAUUUAUUGCUUAUGCUACACAAAUUUUAGAGAGAAUAAAUCAUAUGGUCAGAAAAAGAAAUGUUUGCAUUACUAUUGAAUUAAACUACUUUUACAUUGACUCUGCUAA